AAACGAAGCGCGGAAGGAUCGCGCUCCUUCAACUCGCGUGUCCCUAGGCGCUCCAUCCAUUCUCGGACUUUCGAUAACCCUCCCAGCUCUCCAUGAAACAUUUGCGAUCUCUGGGGCUAACGCUGCUGCUAGGGGCUGUAGGCGCUUACGGCGACGGCAAACCUGCUAUCAACGUCCUGGGGACGACCACAUACCUGGAUCUGGACCCGAGUGUGCAGCAUAUUCCGCUGGAUCCACACUACAAGAGUCUACGCCCACCAGCAGCCAAGAUCCCCAGCACUUUCGAGAUCCACGUCGGUUCUUCCGUCUUCCGGGACGGUGUACGAUGCGGCAAGACCCUCUUUACGGCGUUGCAAAGAGCUGUUAACCCCGGACGUCUUCGGUUUGGGAUUCUGGAGCAACUGGUGGAAGGAGACCCAAGCUGUCUCGACGAAUACUGCAAGCUAGCGUUAGCGCAAUGGCCAGACUACACUGGGUGUCGCUAUAAAGUCCAGAUUCAAGUGACUCCCAGACCUGCAGCGGAAGCUUCGGGGUGCACUACGGCGCGUCAUCAGCAGCAAGAAAUGAUUGGCGACGAAGAGUUCUGUCUUCAGGUGGAUGGCCACAGUAUCUUCACCAAUCGAUGGGACGAGAUCAUGCUAGACGAGUGGAAACGUAUCAACAACGAGAUGGCUGUACUGUCAGUGUAUCCGCACGAUAUCCACGACUUUGUCAAGGAAAAUGGAGACAAUAAUGCACCGGAUUGGAUCCCUCACUUGUGCACAACGAUCAAAGGCGGGAACGGCCUGACGCGGAUCGUCGGAGCCAGUAUCAAGCGCAACGCCAAUUUCCCGCAGCUGUCGGCGCUUUGGGGUGGUGGCUUAUCCUUCAGCAAGUGCCACGCUGAGCGAAAUGUGCCCGUGGAUUCCCACACCCCUUGGCUCUGGGAUGGCGAGGAGUUCCUGCGUUCUGCCGACUACUGGACGCACGGCUACGACCUGUACUCGCCCAGUAAGAUUGGCAACGUACUGUAUCAUAAUUACUCGAAAAAGCCAGCGAGUUUCUGGGAGUCUCCAGUUGAUCCGGCCGUCAAGGCGUUGGACUCCGAAAUGACCCACAACCGUGUUCGUCUUCGCGUUGGACUGGGCUUUAAAGGACCCGUGGAUGCCUUUGAACUCGACAAGUACAAGUUCGGUACCGCACGCUCCUUCCAACAGUUCAUGACGUUCGCCAACAUGAGCUUUGACGGAUUUAUGAACGAGUCCAACUCGUGUGGCCAACUCCAUUGGGUUCCCUAUUCCAACGCCUCCGAAGUGGAAGAAAUCGUGGGUGAUGGCUGGAAAAUGCAGAUGGUGGAAAUGGGCGACGAAGAAGUGGAAGGCGUCGUGAGGCAGCAGGCGAUCAGUGCUCAUGAGAAGAAUGGUGCCGGUUUUGGCGACGAGAAGCCUGUCGUGAGACCGAGGGUACCAUUGACCGAAAGACGGACACGGUCCAAUGCUUCAGCGUGGGGGCUACUCGCUGUAGUGCUGACCGCACUCUUUGUGACGCUCUCAAACGACAGCAUGUCACGUGCCAUUAGACAAAGCUGCAUUGCCAAGGCACCGCAUCUGAGUCACGAUUAA